AUGAUUUUCGAUCCUACUAUGAGCAAGAAGAAGAAGAAAAAGAAGAAGCCCUUUAUGUUGGAUGAGGAAGGAGGGGAUACACAAGCGGAAGAGACUCAGCAAUCGGAAACAAAAGAAGUUGAACCAGAGCCAACAGAAGACAAAGAUGUUGAAGCAGACGAAGAAGACAGCAGGAAGAAAGAUGCAACAGAUGACCUGGAUGAUUUGAACUUCUUCAAUCAAAAGAAAAAGAAGAAAAAAACAAAAAAGAUAUUUGAUAUAGAUGAAGCAGAAGAAGGUGUAAAGGAAUUGAAAAUUGAAGGAGAUGUGCCAGAGGCAGUAGAACCUGAAGAUGACCUUGAUAUCAUGCUGGGCAAUAAAAAGAAGAAAAAGAAAAAUGUGAAGUUUCCAGAUGAAGAUGAGAUAAUGGAGAAGGAUGAAGCUUUUGAGGAUGAAGAUAGCAAAAAAGAUGAUGGAAUUUCUUUUAGCCUUCAGUCAGGACCUGCAUGGGCAGGCUCAGAAAGGGACUACACAUAUGACGAGUUGCUCAACAGAGUAUUUAACAUCAUGCGGGAAAAAAACCCAGAUAUGGUAGCUGGAGAAAAACGAAAAUUUGUCAUGAAGCCUCCACAGGUUGUAAGAGUAGGGACAAAGAAAACAUCUUUUGUCAACUUCACAGAUAUCUGCAAAUU